CUUACAGAUCAAGAUGCGGCAAUGCGGAAGGCAUUGCUUACAUCUAUGCCCGAAGCUCGACAUCGAUGGUGUUUGUGGCACAUAACUGAAAAGUUUUGCUCAAAGCUAGGCAUGUUUGAGAAAUAUCAAGAUAUUAAGGAUGAUCUUCUUUAUGCCAUAUAUGAUAGCUUAGAUCCUUCUGAAUUUGAGGAGAAUUGGAACAAUGUAAUUGCAAAGUAUGAUCUUGUUGACAAUGGUUGGCUUGGAGGUUUAUAUCGGGAACGAGAAAUGUGGGUUCCUGCAUACAUGAGACACAUGUUUUGGGCGGGAAUGAAGACUAUACAAAGAGUAGAGAGUAUAAACAGCUUCUUUGACGGGUAUGUGAACAAACACACUCGGUUGUAUGAGUUUGCGGAGAGGUAUUGUGAAGCAAUGGAGGUUCGCGCAAAUGACGAGAAGGAGAACGACGCAAAUUCAGCCAGGUAUGUGAGGACACUUGAAACUGAUUUUUCUGUUGAAGCUAUAUACCAGAAGAUAUACACUGACAAUAAAUUUAAGGAGGUUCAAAGAGAGUGCACUAGGUCCUUAUAUUUGAAUGUGCAGGGAAAGAAUGUAGUUUCAGAUAAUGUUUUGGAACUUAUGUUUCAAGAUAGGGUGUGGGUAAGAUGUAAAGACACAAGAAAAGAGAUUGUUUCCAAAAAAAAGAGGAUGUACAAGGUUACGUUUGACUCUAGUACAAAGGAUGUAAGUUGUGCAUGCAAGUUAUUUGAGUGCAAUGGAAUCAUGUGUCUCACAUGAUAUUUGUAUAUGAGAUUCAUGACCAGUUAGAGGUCCCAGAAAAAUAUAUUUUGAGGCGGUGGAGAAAAGAUGUU